AUGCAGCUGGUGCAGUUGGCCAACUUUGUCCUGGACAAUCUCGUGCAGUCACGGAUUGGAUUUAUUGUUUUCUUUCACUGCUGGCAGAGAGAUGAAAGUUUUCGAUUCGCUCAGCAGUUCAACAAUCCCAUUCAUCCCAUUCUUGUCUAUCACCAGUUUGUUCAAAUGAAGGGAGUCCAGAAUUGGUCACAGUUAGAGCUCACUUACAUGGGUCACUUGCAACCCACUUUAGCGGUGUAUGUGGAUAUAGAGUGUGAUCAGGCUCAGGAGUUAUUGGAGGAGGCCAGUCGAGAACAGAUCUAUAAUCAGCAUUACCAUUGGCUCUUGCAUGGCAAUCAGUCUGAUCUUCAUUUUUAUGAUUUAUUUGCUCUUUUUAAUAUAUCCAUUGAUGCGGAUGUCAGUUAUGUAAAGGAGGAAAUCCAGGAAAACAACUCUUCGGUUAGCUACUCUGUAUAUGAUGUCUAUAAUAAUGGAAAAAUCAUUGGUGGCCAGCUUAACGUAACUGCUUCCCAUGAAAUGGUUUGUGACCCAAAUAAAUGCCGUAGGACAAGGUAUCUGAGCUCCUUGCAAAAGCGUUCUAAAUACGGAAAUAGAGAACAGCUCACUGAUGUUGUCCUGAGGGUGGCAACUGUGGUUACCCAACGUCCGCUCACAUGGUCGGAUGAUGAGCUGAUACGGUUCUUGAGCCAGGAAAAUGACACCCACAUUGACUCACUGGCCAGAUUUGGAUUUCACCUCACCUUAAUUCUAAGAGAUCUGCUACACUGCAAGAUGAAGUUUAUCUUUUCGGAUAGCUGGAGCAAGUCGGAUGUGGUGGGUGGCUCAGUGGGUGCUGUGGUGGAUCAGACUGCAGAUAUCACAGCCACGCCUUCCUUGGCCACCGAAGGCAGGCUCAAGUAUUUGUCGGCCAUCAUAGAGACAGGCUUCUUCAGGUCGGUUUGUAUUUUCCGGACUCCCCACAACGCGGGAUUAAGGGGUGAUGUAUUUCUGCAGCCAUUCAGUCCAUUGGUUUGGUAUCUCUUCGGGGGAGUACUUUCAUUGAUCGGUAUCCUCCUUUGGAUAACUUUUUAUAUGGAAUGCAAGCGGAUGCGAAAGCGCUGGCGAUUGGAUUACCUGCCAUCGCUGCUUAGCACAUUCCUGAUAAGUUUUGGAGCUGCUUGCAUCCAGAGUUCGUCCUUGAUUCCACGCUCAGCCGGGGGAAGACUAAUAUACUUUGCCCUGUUCCUGAUCAGCUUCAUCAUGUAUAACUACUACACCUCGGUGGUGGUCUCUUCACUACUUAGCUCUCCUGUUAAGUCUAAGAUCAAGACAAUGCAGCAGCUGGCAGAGAGUUCAUUGACAGUGGGCUUGGAACCAUUGCCCUUCACCAAAAGCUAUCUAAAUUACUCAAGACUUCCGGAGAUCCAUUUGUUUAUAAAACGAAAAAUCGAAACUCAGACCAAGAAUCCUGAGCUUUGGUUGCCCGCUGAACAAGGUGUAUUGAGAGUGAGGGACAAUCCUGGUUAUGUCUACGUUUUUGAGACCUCAUCCGGCUAUGCCUAUGUGGAGCGAUACUUUACGGCCCAACAGAUUUGCGAUUUGAAUGAGGUUUUAUUCCGACCCGAGCAAUUGUUCUAUACGCAUUUGCAUCGCAAUUCUACGUACAAAGAGCUCUUCAGACUUCGCCUCCUGAGAGUCCUGGAAACUGGCGUCUAUCGGAAGCAACGCAGUUAUUGGGUGCACAUGAAACUACAUUGCGUGGCCCAGAAUUUUGUGAUCACUGUGGGAAUGGAAUAUGUGGCUCCUCUGCUACUAAUGUUGAUCUGCGCAGAUAUCCUGGUCGUGAUCAUACUUCUGAUCGAACUGGCCUGGAAACGCUUUUUCACCCGUCCCGUCAUCUCCUUUCGCACGUAGUACUUUAAAA